ACUUAUGGGACCGUUCAAGUGGACAGUCCCUCCUGUCUCAGUGGAAGCUCUGAGGGCUGUGCUCGAACAGGUGACAGUGAGAGGGCAGGGAACCCACGGGCUGAGGGCAUAUGACGGCUUGUCUCUGCCUGAAGAUGCAGAGACGGUCUCAGCAGGCCGGGCCGGCUGGAGCUAUGCGGACCCUUCGGACGAUGAGGACUUGCUUGCUGAUGAGGCGGAAGCCUCCGGAGAUGAACUGGGCAGCGGGGACGUGGGCAGCGGGGACCUGCAGCUGGUUUAUUUCCGGGCCCUGGUGAACUUCACGCGCUCCAUCCCCUACAGCCCUCGGCUGGAAGAUGCCGCCUCUCAGGAGUUCCUGGAGGUGUCCGAGGCUGUGGUAACCCAGCUGGAGUCGGAGUACUUGAAGAUUCCCGGAGACCAGGUGGUCAACGUGGUGUUCAUCAAGGAGAUGGAUGGCUGGAUCUUUCUGGAGCUGGACGUGGGCUCCGAAGGGAACGCGGACGGGGCUCAGAUUGAGGAGGUGCUGCGGAAGGUUGUCGCCAGCGGCUCCAUCGCCUCCUAUGCCACCUCUCUCCACGGAUUCCAGUUCCGACGCCUGGGCGCAGUGCCCCAGUACCCAAGAGUCUGCACCGAGGCCGAGUUUGCCUGCCGCAGCCACAAUGAGUGCGUGCCCCUGGAGUUCCGCUGUGACCGCAGGCCCGACUGCAGGGACGCGUCGGACGAGCAGGACUGUGAGGAGCCCGGCCCCACGCUACCCCCCGUUGUGGUGCUGCCUCCCCGGCUGGAGACGACCCCCGCGCUGGCCACCCUCACUCCGGAGCAGGCGUUCCCGGAGCCCUUUGUGCCCGUGCCGUGCGGGCCCCACCAGGCCGCCUGCCGCAGCGGACACUGCAUCCCCAAGGACUACGUGUGCGACGGGCAGGAGGACUGCAGGGACGGCAGCGACGAGCUGGACUGCGGUCCUGCCCCACCCUGUGAGCCCAACGAGUUCGCCUGUGGCAACGGGCACUGUGCCCUCAAGCUGUGGCACUGUGACGGCGACUUUGACUGUGAGGACCACACCGACGAGGCCGACUGCCCCGCCAAGCGCCCCGAAGACGUGUGCGGGCCCACACAGUUCCGCUGCGUCUCCACGAGCACCUGCAUCCCGGCCAGCUUCCACUGCGACGACGAGAGCGACUGUCCCGACCGCAGUGACGAGAUCGGCUGCAUGUCCCCCAAGGUGGUGACCAACCCCCAGGAGUCCAUCCAGGCUUCCCGGGGCCAGACAGUCACCUUCACCUGCGUGGCCAUUGGUGUCCCCACCCCCAUCAUCAACUGGCGGCUCAACUGGGGUCACAUCCCGUCCCACCCCAGGGUGACAAUGACCAGUGAGGGGGGCCGUGGCACGCUGACCAUCCGGGACGUGAAGGAAUCUGACCAGGGCGCCUACACCUGCGAGGCCAUGAACACCCGCGGCAUGGUGUUCGGCAUUCCCGACGGGGUCCUGGAGCUCAUCCCGCAGAGAGGACCCUGCCCCGAUGGGCACUUCUACCUGGAGGACACGGCCGCCUGCCUCCCUUGCUUCUGCUUCGGCGUCACCAGCCUUUGCCAGAGCAGCCGCCGCUUCCGGGACCAGAUCCGGCUGCGCUUCGACCGGCCUCACGACUUCAAGGGCGUGAAUGUGACGAUGCCCACGCAGCCCGGCACGCCCCCGCUCUCCUCCACCCAGCUGCAGAUCGACCCUGCCCAGGAGGAGUUCCAGCUGGUCGACCUGUCCCGCCGAUUCCUGGUCCACGACUCCUUCUGGGCGCUGCCCGAGCAGUUCCUGGGCAACAAGGUGGACUCCUACGGCGGUUUCCUGCGCUACAAGGUGCGCUACGAGCUGGCGCGCGGCACCCUGGAGCCGGUGCAGCGGCCAGACGUGGUUCUCGUGGGUGCCGGCCACCGUCUCCUCUCCCGAGGACACACGCCCACCCAGCCCGGUGCACUGAACCAGCGCCAGGUCCAGUUCUCCGAGGAGCACUGGGUGCACGAGUCCGGCCGGCCGGUGCAGCGGGCCGAGAUGCUGCAGGUCCUGCAGCGCCUGGAGGCCGUGCUCCUCCAGACCGUGUACAACACCAAGAUGGCCAGCGUGGGGCUGAGCGACAUUGUCAUGGACAUCACCGUCCCGCACCCCACCAGCCACGGCCGUGCCCACAGCGUGGAGGAGUGCAGAUGCCCCAUUGGCUACUCGGGCCUGUCCUGCGAGAGCUGCGAUGCCCACUUCACCCGGGUGCCCGGUGGGCCCUACCUGGGUACCUGCUCGGGCUGUAACUGCAAUGGCCAUGCCAGCGCCUGCGACCCCGUGUAUGGCCACUGCCUGAACUGCCAGCAUAACACAGAAGGACCACAGUGCAACAAGUGCAAGGCCGGCUUCUUUGGGGAUGCCACCAAGGCCACAGCCACGGCUUGCCGGCCCUGUCCUUGCCCCUACAUCGACGCCUCCCGCAGAUUCUCAGACACCUGCUUCCUGGACACAGAUGGCCACGCCACCUGUGACGCGUGUGCCCCGGGCUACACAGGCCGCCGCUGUGAGAGGUGUGCUCCUGGCUACGAGGGCAACCCGAUCCAGCCAGGCGGCAAGUGCAAGCCCAGCAACCAGGAGAUCGUCCGCUGUGACGAGCGAGGCAGCACAGGGACCCCUGGGGAGGCCUGCCGCUGUAAGAACAACGUGGUGGGGCGCCUGUGCAACGAGUGUGCCCCCGGCUCCUUCCACCUGAGCGCCAACAACCCCGACGGCUGCCUCAAGUGCUUCUGCAUGGGCGUCACCCGCCAGUGCACCAGCUCGUCCUGGAGGCGCGCCCAGGUGCUCGGCACCUCCGAGAAGCCCACCGAGUUCAGCCUGACCAACACCGCCGGCACUCACAGCACCAGCGAGGGCAUCUCCUCCCCCGCGCCCGGGGAGCUGGUCUUCUCCUCCUUCCGCACCCUCCAGCCCGUUCCCUACUUCUGGAGCCUCCCUUCCCGCUUCCGGGGGGACAAGGUGACAUCCUACGGAGGGGAGCUGCGCUUCACGGUGACGCAGCGCCCCGAGCGCGGCUCGAUGCCCCUGCACAAGCAGCCGCUGGCAGUCCUGCAGGGCAAUGGCAUCGUCCUGGAGCACCACGCCUCCGAGGCGCCCAUUCCCGGCCAGCCCAGCACCUACGCCGUGCCCUUCCGGGAGCAAGCGUGGCAGCGCCCCGACGGGCAGCCAGCCACGCGGGAGCACCUGCUGAUGGCACUGGCGGGCAUCGACGCCCUCCUGAUCCAGGCGUCCUUCACCCAGCGGCCAGCUGAGAGCAGGAUCUCCGGCAUCAGCAUGGACAUGGCUGUGCCCGAGGACACGGGCCAGGACCCCGCGCUGGAGGUGGAGCAGUGCACCUGCCCCCCGGGGUACCGAGGCCCCUCCUGCCAGGACUGUGACACCGGCUACACACGCAUGCCCAGCGGCCUCUACCUGGGCACCUGCGAGCGCUGCAGCUGCCAUGGCCACGCGGACACCUGUGAGCCCGAGACAGGCGCCUGCCAGGGCUGCCGGCACCACACAGAGGGCCCGCGGUGCGAGCAGUGCCAGCCCGGAUACUAUGGGGACGCCCAGCGCGGGACGCCGCAGGACUGCCAGCCGUGCCCGUGCUACGGAGCCCCUGCCUCUGGCCAGGCCUCCCACACUUGCUUCCUGGACACAGACGGACACCCCACCUGUGAUGCCUGCUCCCCUAGCAACAGUGGACGUCACUGUGAGAGGUGUGCGCCCGGCUACCAUGGCAACCCCAGCGAGGGCCAGCCGUGCAGGAGAGAUGGGCAGAUGCCGGAACCCAUCGGGUGCGGCUGUGACCCCCGGGGCAGUACCAGCAGCCAGUGUGACCCUAAUGGACAGUGCCAGUGCAAGGCCCAGGUGGACGGCCUCACCUGCAGCCACUGCCGGCCCCACCACUUCUUCCUGAGCGCCAGCAACCCCGAGGGCUGCCUGCCCUGCUUCUGCAUGGGCGUCACCCAGCAGUGCUCCAGCUCUGCCUACAGCCGCCACCUGAUCUCCACCCACUUUGCUCCUGGGGACUUCCAAGGCUUCUCCCUGGUGAACCCACAGCGGGGCAGCCGCCUGACAGAUGGCUUCAGAGUGCACCCCAUGCCUGACGGCGCCCAGCUCUCCUAUGACAACUUUGCCAACCUCGGCCACGAAUCCUUCUACUGGCAGCUGCCGGAGACGUUCCAGGGAGACAAGGUAGGGGCUUACGGCGGGAAGCUACGCUACACCCUCUCCUACAGAGCAGGGCCGCAGGGCAGCCCCCUCUCCGACCCGGACGUCCAGAUCACGGGCAACAACAUCAUGCUUGUGGCAUCUCAGCCGGAGCUGCAGGGCCCCGAGAGGAAGAGCUACGAGAUCACAUUCCGAGAGGAAUUCUGGCGCCGGCCGGACGGGCAGCCGGCCACACGGGAGCACCUGAUGAUGGCGCUGGCCGACCUGGACGAGAUCUUGGUGCGGGCCACAUUCUCCUCGGUGCCGCUGCAGGCCAGCAUCAGUGGGGUCAGCCUGGAGGUGGCCCAGCCGGGGCCGAUGCUGGGACCCCAGGCGCUGGAGGUGGAGCAGUGCCGCUGCCCCCCGGGCUAUGUGGGCCUGUCCUGCCAGGACUGUGCCCCAGGCUACACGCGAACCGGGAGUGGACUCUACCUCGGCCACUGUGAGCUGUGCGAAUGCAACGGCCACUCGGACCUGUGCCACCCAGAGACGGGGGCAUGCUCACAAUGCCAGCACAGUGCCACCGGGGAGUUCUGCGAGCUGUGUGCCCCCGGCUACUACGGCGAUGCCACCGCCGGAACACCCGAGGACUGCCAGCCCUGUGCCUGCCCACUCAGCAACCCGGAGAACAUGUUCUCCCGGACCUGUGAGAGCCUGGGUGCCGGCGGGUACCGCUGCACAGCUUGCGAGCCUGGCUACACGGGCCAGUACUGUGAGCAGUGUGCCCCUGGCUACGUGGGCAACCCCAAUGUCAGGGGGGGCCGGUGUCUGCCACAGGGCAACCAAGCCUUGCUAGUGGUCCAGAUUCACCCUGCCCGGAGCAUCGUGCCCCAAGGUGGGGCCCACUCCCUGCGCUGCCAGGUCACUGGGAACCUGCCCCACCACUUCGCCUGGUCCCGAGAGGAUGGGCGGCCCUUGUCCAGCAGGGUGCAGCAGCGCCAUCAAGGCGCCGAGCUGCACUUCCCCAGCAUCCAGCUGUCAGAUGCCGGCGUCUACAUCUGCACCUGCCGAAACCUCCAUCACACCAACGCCAGCCGGGCGGAGCUGCUGGUCACGGAGGCCCCCAGCAAGCCCAUCACAGUGACCGUGGAGGAGCAGCAGAGCCAGACCGUGCGUCCUGGAGCCGACGUCACCUUCAUCUGCACGGCCAAGAGCAAGUCCCCAGCCUACACCCUGGUAUGGACCCGCCAGCAAAAUGGGAGGCUGCCCUCGCGCGCCAUGGACUUCAACGGCAUCCUGACCAUUCGCAACGUCCAGCCCAGUGAUGCCGGCAUCUACGUGUGCACCGGCUCCAACAUGUUCGCCAUGGACGAGGGCACGGCCACUCUGCAUGUGCACGCCUCAGGCCACCCCUCAGCCCCCGGCACACCCACCAGCCCCACCGUCUCCAUCCACCCGCCUCAGCUUACGGUGCAGCCCGGACAGACGGCCGAGUUCCGCUGCAGCGCCCACGGGAACCCUACGCCCGUCCUGCAGUGGUCAGGUGGGCCCGGGGGCCAGCUCCCACAGAAGGCCCAAGUUCACGGGGGUGUCCUGCGCCUGCCGGCCGUGGAGCCCUCGGAUCAGGGCCAGUACCUGUGCCAGGUCCACAGCAGCACUGGACAGCAUGUGGCGAGGGCCCUGCUCCAUGUGCAAGGGGGCAAUGGACCCAGGGUCCAGGUGAGCCCCGAGAGGACCCAGGUCCACGAAGGUCGCACUGUGAGACUGUACUGCAGGGCUGCAGGCGUGCCCAGUGCCACCAUCACCUGGAGGAAGGAAGGGGGAAGCCUCCCCCCGCAGGCCCGGUCUGAGCGCACGGACAUCGCCACACUGCUCAUCCCUGCCAUCACCAUCAGCGACGCCGGCUUCUACCUCUGUGUGGCCACCAGUCCCUCGGGCACUGCCCAGGCCCGCAUCCAAGUGGUGGUCCUUCCAGCCUCAGGUGCCAGCGCCCCCCCAGUCCGCGUUGAGUCCUCGUCACCUGCCGUGGCCGAAGGGCAGAUGCUGGACCUCAGCUGUGUGGUGACAGGGCUGACCCAGGUCCAGAUCAGAUGGUACAAGCGAGGGGGCAACCUGCCUCCCCACGCGCAGAUCCACGGCGCCCGGCUGCGGCUCCCCCAGGUGUCAGCGGCCGAUUCUGGGGAGUAUGUGUGCCGCGUGGAGACGGGGUCGGGCCCCAAGGAGGCCUCCAUCGUCAUCUCGGUGCCCCGCGGGCCCCAUACAGGCGUCAGCUCCGGGCCAGGCCAAGAGUCAGUUCCUGCUGGACCCCCAGCUCCAACCCAGCCCAUCCGCAUCGACUCUUCCUCUUCCCGCGUGUCUGAAGGGCAGACCCUGGACCUGAACUGCGUGGUGCCCGGGCAGACCCAUGCCCAGGUCACAUGGCACAGGCGCGGAGGCAGUCUUCCCACCCGCCACCAGACCCACGGCUCCAUGCUGCGGCUGUACCAGGUGUCCCCGGCUGACUCGGGCGAGUACGUGUGCCGCGUGCUCCUUGGCUCGAGGCCCCUGGAAGCCUCCAUCCUGGUCACCAUUGAGGCCUCCGGCUCUAGGCCUGGGUCCAUCCCCGCUCCCGGACAGGCUGUACCUGUCAGAAUCGAGUCGUCCUCCCCCACAGUGGCCGAGGGGCACACACUGGACCUCCACUGUGUGGUGGCCGGGCAGGCCCAUGCCCAGGUCACAUGGUAUAAGCGCGGGGGCAGCCUCCCCGCCCGACACCAGGUUCGAGGCUCCCGCCUGUACAUCUUCCAAGCCUCCCCCGCGGACGCGGGUGAGUACGUGUGCCGAGCCAGCGACGGCAUGGAGGCCUCUUUCACCGUCACCGUCACCAGGACCCAGGGCGCCAACUUUGCCUACGCUCCUACUGGCACCCAGCCCAUCCGCAUCGAGUCCUCCUCCUCCAGCGUGGCCGAAGGGCAGACCCUGGACCUGAACUGCGUGGUGUCAGGGCAGCCCCACGCCCAGAUCACGUGGCACAGGCGUGGGGGCAGCCUCCCCGCCCGGCACCAGACCCACGGCUCCCUGCUGAGACUCAACCAGGUGACGCCAGCCGACUCUGGCCAGUACGUGUGCCAAGUGCUGGGUGGCUCGGUGCCCCUGGAGGCCUCUGUGCUUGUCACCAUUGAGCCUGCAAGCUUGAUGCCUGGACUCGCCCCUGCAGUCCGGAUCGAGUCCUCCUCCACACACUUGACCGAAGGGCAGACCUUGGACCUCAACUGUCUGGUGGCCGGCCAGGCCCACGCCCAUGUCAUGUGGCACAAACGUGGGGGCAGCCUCCCUGCCCGGCACCAGGUCCAUGGCUCCAGGCUGCGGCUCCCCCAGGUGACCCCUGCCGACUCCGGGGAGUAUGUGUGCCGUGUGGUCAGCAGCACGGGCACCCAGGAAGCCUCAGUCCUCAUCACCGUCCAGCCCCGAAUGGACGCCUCCCAGACCCAGAGCGUGGUGUACCCCAUCCGCAUCGAGUCCUCCUCAGCCUCCUUGGCCCACGGCCAUACCCUAGACCUCAACUGCCUGGUGACCAGCCACGCCCCCCACACCAUCACCUGGUACAAGCGAGGCGGCAGCCUACCCAGCCGGCACCAGAUCGUGGGCUCGCGGCUGCGGAUCCCCCAGGUGACGCCGGCCGACUCGGGCGAGUACGUGUGUCACGUCAGUAACGGGGCCGGCUCCCAGGAGACCUCCCUCAUCGUCACCAUCCAGGGCAGUGGCAUGGCCCACGUGCCCAGCGUCUCCCCACCCAUCAGGAUUGAGUCCUCGUCGCCCACCGUGGUGGAAGGGCAGAGUCUGGAGCUGAACUGUGUGGUCGCUGGGCAGCCUCAGGCCACCAUCACCUGGUACAAGCGUGGCGGCAGCCUUCCCGCCCACCACCAGGCCCACGGCUCCCGGCUGCGGCUGUACCAGAUGUCCACGGCUGACUCCGGGGAGUAUGUGUGCCGUGCAAACAACAACAUCGACGCCGUGGAGACCUCCCACAUGGUGUCUGUCAUGCCCAGCGCUGGCAGACCCUCUGUGCCCGGGGGCGGCCACCCCAUCAGAAUCGAGCCCUCAUCGUCACAUGUGGCUGAAGGACAGACCCUGGACCUCAACUGUGUGGUCGCCGGACAAGCCCAUGCCCAGGUCACCUGGCACAAGCGUGGAGGGAGCCUCCCCACGCACCACCAGACCCACGGCUCGGUGCUGCGGAUGUACCAGGUGUCCCCGGCCGACUCAGGCGAAUACACGUGCCGCGUGAUGACCAGCUCCGGCCCCCAGGAGGCCUCAGUCCUGGUCACCAUCGAGGCUGCUGACUCAAGCGCCGUUCCUGGCCCUGGCCCCGACAGAGGCGCUCCCAUCCGCAUCGAGACCUCCUCCUCCCGUGUGGCCGAAGGGCAGACCCUGGACCUGAACUGCGUGGUGCCCGGGCAGCCCCACGCCCAGGUCACGUGGCACAGGCGAGGGGGCAGCCUCCCUGCCCACCACCAGACCCACGGCUCCCUGCUGAGGCUGAACCGCGUGUCCCCGGCCGACUCCGGAGAGUACUCGUGCCGCGUGGCAGGCAGCUCAGGCACCCUGGAGGCUUCCGUCCUGGUGACAAUCGAGGCCGCCGGCCCCAGCCCCAUUCCUGCCCCGGGACUGGGCCAGCAGCCCAUCUACAUCGAAGCCGCCUCCUCCCACGUGGCUGAAGGGCAGACCCUGGACCUGAACUGCGUGGUGCCGGGGCAGGCCCACGCCCAGGUCACGUGGCACAGGCGCGGGGGCAGCCUCCCCGCCCGGCACCAGACCCACGGCACUCGGCUGCGCGUCCACCAGGUCUCGCCCGCCGACUCGGGCGAGUACGUGUGCCGCGUGGUCGGCGGCCCGGGCCCCGAGCAGGAGGCCUCCUUCACCAUCACGGUCCCACCCAGCGCGGGCUCCUCCUACCGCCUCCGGAGCCCCGUCAUCUCCAUCGACCCGCCCAGCAGCACCGUGCAGCAGGGCCAGGACGCCAGCUUCAAGUGCCUCAUUCACGAGGGCGCGGCCCCCAUCAGCCUCGAGUGGAAGACCCGGAACCAGGAGCUUGAGGACAACGUCCACAUCAGCCCCAACGGCUCGGUCAUCACCAUCGUGGGCGCCCGGCCCAGCAACCACGGGACCUACCGCUGCGUGGCGUCCAACGCCUAUGGCGUGGCCCAGAGCGUCGUGAGCCUCAGCGUGCAUGGACCCCCUGUGGUGUCGGUGCUUCCCGAGGGCCCCGUGCGGCUGCGAGCGGGAAAGACGGUCACCCUGGAGUGUGUCAGUGCCGGGGAGCCCCGCUCCUCCCCGCGCUGGGCCCGCAUCGGCGCCUCUGGCAACCUAGAGCCCAAGACCAACGGACAGACAGUGGACAGCCGCACCGUGCUACAGAUCGCCUCAGCUAAGCCCUCAGAUGCGGGCACCUACGUGUGCCUGGCGCAGAAUGCCCUGGGCAUGGGGCAGAAGCAAGUGGAGGUGAUCGUGGACUCGGGCGCUGUGGUCCCCGGGGCCCCCCAGGUCGAGGUGGAGGAAGUUGAGCUGACGGUGGAGGCCGGGCGCACGGCCACCCUGCGCUGCUCGGCCACAGGCAGCCCCACGCCCACCAUCCACUGGUCCAAGCUGCGCUCCCCACUGCCCUGGCAGCACCGGCUGGAGGGGAACACGCUGGUCAUCCCUCAGGUGGCCCAGCAGGACUCGGGCCAGUACAUCUGCAAUGCCACUAGCCCCACAGGGCACUCCGAAGCCACCAUCGCCUUGCACGUGGAAAGCCCUCCGUAUGCCACCACCAUCCCAGAGCACACAACAGUGCGGGCAGGGGAGAGCGUGCAGCUGCAGUGCCUGGCACACGGAACGCCCCCGCUGACCUUCCAGUGGAGCCGUGUGGGCGGCAGCCUCCCCCCGAGGGCCACGGCCAGGAAUGAGUUGCUGCGCUUGGAGCCCGUGGCCCCCGAGGACGCCGGCCGCUACCGCUGCCAGGUCACCAACAGGGUGGGCUCUGCUGAGGCCUUCGCCCAGGUGCAAGUCCAUGGCUCCUCCAGCCCCCACCCAGCAGGGCCCACGCCCACCAUUCAGAUCACGCCGCAGCAGGAGACCAGGAGCAUCGGCGGCAGCGUUGAGUUCCACUGUGCCGUGCCCAGCGACCCGGGCACCCAGCUCCGCUGGAUCAAGGAAGGGGGUCAGCUCCCCCCGGGCCACAGCGUGCAGGACGGCGUGCUCAGAAUCCAGAACCUGGACCUGAGCUGCCAAGGGACAUAUAUUUGCCAGGCCUAUGGCCCAUGGGGACAGGCCCAGGCCAGCACACAGCUAAUUGUCCAAGCCCUGCCCGCGGUGCUCAUCAACAUCCGGACCUCCGUGCACACCGUGGUGGUCGGCCACAGCGUGGAGUUCGAGUGCCUGGCGCUGGGCGACCCCAAGCCUCAGGUGACGUGGAGCAAAGUCGGAGGGAGCCUGCGGCCUGGCAUCGUGCAGAGCGGGGGCAUCAUCAGGAUCCCCCACGUGGAGCUGGCCGACGCCGGCCGCUACCGCUGCACAGCCUCCAACUCUGCCGGCGCCACCCAGUCCCACGUGCUGCUGCUGGUGCAGGCCCUGCCCCUGAUCUCCACGCCCCCGGAGGUCCGCGUGCCCGCCGGCUCCACCGCCGUCUUCCCCUGCAUGGCCUCUGGCUACCCCAAGCCUGACAUCACCUGGAGCAAGCUGGACGGCGACCUGCCCCCCGGCAGCCGCCUGGACAACAACAUGUUGGUGCUGCCUUCGGUCCGGGCCCAGGACGCGGGCACCUACGUCUGCACCGCCACCAACCACCAGGGCAAGGUCAAGGCCUUUGCCCACUUACAGGUGCCAGAGCGCGUGGUCCCCUACUUCACGCAGACACCCCGCUCCUUCCUGCCCCUGCCCACCAUCAAGGAGGCCUACAGGAAGUUUGAAAUCAAGAUCACUUUCCGGCCCGACUCCGCCGACGGGAUGCUGCUGUACAACGGGCAGAAGCGGACCUCGGGGAGCCCCACCAACCUGGCCCACAGGCAGCCCGACUUCAUCUCCUUCGGCCUGGUGGGCGGGAGGCCUGAGUUCCGGUUUGACGCCGGCUCGGGCAUGGCCACCAUCCGCCACCCCAUCCCGCUGGCCCUGGGCCAGUUCCACACGGUGACGCUGCUGCGGAGUCUCACGCAGGGCUCCCUGAUCGUGGGCAGCCUGGCCCCCGUCAACGGGACCUCCCAGGGCAAGUUCCAGGGCCUGGACCUAAACGAGGAGCUCUACCUGGGGGGUUACCCCGACUACAGCGCCAUCCCCAAGGCGGGGCUGAGCACCGGCUUCGUGGGCUGCGUCCGGGAGCUGCGCAUCCAGGACGAGGAGGUCGUCUUCCACGACCUCAACCUGACGGCGCACGGCAUCUCCCACUGCCCCACCUGCCGGGACCAGCCCUGCCAGAACGGGGGCCAGUGCCAGGACUCAGAGAGCAGCAGCUACGUGUGCGUCUGCCGGCCCGGCUUCACCGGGAGCCGCUGCGAGCACUCCCAGGCUCUGCACUGCCACCCAGACGCCUGUGGGCCUGACGCCACCUGUGUGAACCGGCCCAACGGCCAAGGCUACACCUGCCGCUGCCAUCUGGGCCGCUCAGGCAUGAGGUGUGAGCAAGGUGUGACGGUGACCACCCCCUCCAUGUCGGGCACGGGCUCCUACUUGACGCUGCCCGCCCUCACCAACACACACCACGAGCUGCGCCUGGACGUGGAGUUCAAGCCGCUGGCACCCGACGGCAUCUUGCUCUUCAGCGGGGGCAAGAGCGGGCCGGUGGAGGACUUCGUGUUGCUGGCCAUGGUCGGUGGCCACCUGGAGUUCCGCUACGAGCUGGGGUCAGGGCUGGCUGUCCUGCGGAGCCCCCAGCCCCUGGCCCUGGGCCGCUGGCACCGAGCAUCCGCAGAGCGGGUCAACAAGGACGGCAGCCUGCGCGUGAAUGGCGGCCAGCCCGUGCUGCGCUCCUCCCCCGGCAAGAGCCUGGGCCUCAACCUGCACACCCUCCUCUACCUCGGCGGGGUGGAGCCCGCAGUGACGCUGCCCCCCGCCGCCAACAUCACUGCUCACUUCCGAGGCUGCGUCGGGGAGGUGUCCGUGAACGGGAAGCGCCUGGACUUCACCUACAACUUCCUGGGCAGCCGGGGCAUCGGGCAGUGCUACGGCAGCUCCCCGUGUGAGCGCCAGCCCUGCCAGCACGGCGGCACGUGCAUGCCCACGGGCGAGUACGAGUUCCAGUGCCUGUGUCGCGACGGCUACAAAGGAGACCUCUGCGAGCACGAGGAGAACCCCUGCCUCCUCUCCACGCCCUGUCUGCACGGGGGCACCUGCCGCGGUGCCCACUGUCUCUGUCCGCCCGGCUACUCAGGCCCACGCUGCCAGAAAGGCCCUCGGCACGGCACAGCGGAGACCGACUGGCACCUGGAAGGCAGCGGGGGCAAUGAUGCCCCCGGGCAGUAUGGAGCCUACUUCCACGACGAAGGCUUCCUGGCCCUCCCCAGCAGCGUGCUGUCCCGCGGCCUGCCUGAGGUGCCCGAGACCAUCGAGCUGGAAGUUCGGAGCAGCACCCCCACUGGCCUCCUACUCUGGCAGGGCGUGGAGGUGGGCGAGGCCGGCCUAGGCCAGGAUUACAUCUCUCUUGGCCUUCAGAACGGGCACCUGGUCUUCAGCUACCAGCUGGGCAGCGGGGAGGCACACCUGGUCUCUGAGGACCCCAUCAAUGACGGCGAGUGGCAUCGAGUGACAGCACUGCGGAAGGGCCGCACGGGCUCCAUCCAGGUGGACGGCGAGGAGCUGGUCACCGGCCAGUCCCCGGGCCCGCAUGUGGCGGUCAACACUAAAGGCAGCUUCUACAUCGGCGGAGCCCCCGACGUGGCCAGGCUGACCGGGGGCAGAUUCUCCUCGGGCAUCACAGGCUGCAUCAAGAACCUGGUGCUGCACUGCGCACGGCCGGGCGCGCCGCCGCCCCAGCCCCUGGACCUGCAGCACAGCGCCCGGGCAGGUGCCAACACCGGCCCCUGCCCCUCGUAGGCCACCCACGUGGACUCCCGGGCAGCGCCCAGCCCCUGCGACGUCGAGUAUAUUAUUAUUAAUAUUAUUGUCAUGAAUAUGUUGUAAGAAACUGAGGUGAUGCCGUGCUUUGCUGCUACUGCCCUGGGCUGGACUGGAUUGGGGUCUCCACCCCCGCCCCCAGCCCCGCCCCGGGCACAGCCGUAGCCAGCGGGCAGGGCAGCUGGAUAGAAACGAUGCCUCAGAAGACCACUCAGGACUUGGGGCCAGGCAGAGCGUCCGAGUGGACUCGGAGUUGUGUCCCUCCCCCCAUGGGACCACCCCCUCCCACGCCCCCCCAUGGAGCGCUCGGCAGCCCUGGCGCCUAUGAGAAUCGCCCUCUGCCCCUAGCCGGCCUCUCCCUCACUCUGGAGCCGGCGGGCAGGGCCUUGCCACUCUCCUCUGGGCCAGCUGUGCCGCAGACGGACAGAUAGACAGCAGCUCGCCAGGCAGCAGGACCCCCGCCCCCCCAACCAGCUGUGUCCCAGCCUCCCCCACCUCCCUAGCUGGCAGCGUCACUCCCCCUGCAGCCUUCCCAUCGUACCAAACCCUCCUGGUGCACACCCCCUCCCCAGCUGCAGCCCCCACCCCCCUGCCUCGGGGGCUGCAAGGGAAAUCCCCCACCUCUCAUCAGGAGCUGCUACAGGCUGAGCCCACACUGGGCCCCGUCCCCCCACUGAUCUGGAAGUGAAGGCCCAGGGGAUAUGGGGGACGGGGGCCGCCAGUGGUGGUGGAAAGUUAGUGCCUUGAAUGGGGAAAGCCAGGCCGGACUUGUGAGCGGGAGGGACAGGAGGGGGCCGAGGGCCUAGGUGGAGAGGGCACCCCUGCCCCAGCAGCCCCCAGACUGGGGCUCAGGACCCCUAGCCCCGUCUGCCGAAGGGCCCCUCCUGUGGUCUUUGUCUUGAUCUUUCUUAAUAAACGGUGCUAUCCCCGCC